UUUCAACCAAUGCACGAGACCGACCCUCACGUUCUGCUCUGUUCGACUUUUGCAGUUUUGUUGGUGUUCUCGCGACCAUGGCCAACAUCCCCUUCCCCACUGUGCCUUAUCCGCCAAUGGAGCCACCGGCUCACCGUGAGAAAAAGAUGAAGGUGCUCGCGCUAGGCAUGUCUCGCACCGGGACGAUGUCAUUGUACGUUGCGUUGAAGAAGCUGGGUUUCAACUGCUAUCAUAUGGCGGAAUGUUCUCUAGACCAACGCAACGGCUCCCUAGCUCUCUGGACUCAAGCCAUCAAUGGGAAAUUCAAUGGCAACGGCCGGAAGUUCUCGGGCGCAGAUUUUGACCAGAUGCUUUGGCGCUACGAUGCUGUAACCGAUAUCCCCUGCAUCCUCUUCGCCGAAGAGCUCAUGGAUGCCUACCCGGACGCACAAAUUGUUUUGACCACGCGUCCGGCUUAUUCUUGGCUCGUGUCUAUGCAACGGACCUUUUAUGCAAUCCUGGGCUGGAAGCGAUGGGCAUUGCUCGAGUUUCUUGAUAAGUCUUACAUCGGGCUUUACAUUCCACUUUUACGGUCCGCUCUAUCCGUAUGGACUGGCGGUAACUGGCAGGAUACGAACCGUCUACCGACAGGCUUUGAAGCUCACUAUGACCAGGUCCAUGCUGCUGCCCGGGCGCGUGGACGCAAAGUACUAGAAUUCAAGGUCCAGGAUGGCUGGGGACCUCUCUGCGAGUUUCUGGGAAAGGAAUACCCCGACGAGCCGUUUCCCCAUGUCAAUGAAGGUGACUUCAUCACUAGGUUUCAUGUCAUUAUAUUCUGGAUGCGAAUGGCGGGCCUGGCAAAGCAGGGCUUGAAAUGGGUUACUCCCGUUGCUGCUGUAGGGGCUGCUUGGUGGUAUUUUGCCUGAGAAGCAUAGGAGGGAGAUGCGUCAAUCCGAUAAAACUGUCAUCAAAGAAUAUACAAUUUACGUAAAGGCAAGAGAGAAAGUAUAUGAUAACAUUCUUUUCUUCAGUUUAU